AUGGUCCGGGCAGUCACUGUCAGCGCUGCAACAGCGCCACCCCCACCAUCACAGCAGCAGCUGACGCUUGCACUGCUGAAACCGACGCUGGUGUCAUACCCACCAGACGUCUCUGCUGUGAUGAAGCACAUCCAGCGAGCGCAACUGGAGAUUGUGCGGACCAAACGACUGUUCUGGAAGGAGGAGGACGCGAAGGCUUUCUAUGCGGAACACGAGGGGAGGUUCUACUACGAUCGCUUGAUCCAGGGCAUGACAAGCGGGCCGUCGAUCGCGCUCGCUCUCGCAGGCCCAGACGUAAUCAAACGGUGGCGUGCCAUGCUAGGCCCGACGAAAGCGUACAGAGCGAAAUGGGAACAACCAGAUUGCCUACGAGCCAUCUUUGGUCUCGGGGACACGAGGAACGGAUUCCACGGAAGCGAUUCGCAGGACUCCGCGAUAAGAGAGCUGAACCUCGUUUUCAAGGGCUGGGACGUAGAGCGGUGGCUCGAGCAGCGGUCCAAGGCACUGCCGUAA